GGCGCUCAGAGCCAGCGAGUCGCGGCAGCGAUCGCUGCUGCCAUCCAGUAUCAGGGAGCGGCGGCACCCAUCCUGCUUUGACUGGAGUCCCCACAGCACUCAUUUCGUAAACUCCGCUCCCGCUGUUGCGAGUUCGCAUUUCCCUGCGUUUGCUGUUUCACUUUCUGUGUAGUUCUUCGCUGCGAAGAAGGAAGGCACGUAGAAGAAGUGGAGUAAGCAGCAAAAUGAUGCUCCAACACCUGGGCCAGGUGUCUGCUUCAGAAGUCAGCGCUUCUGCAAUUAUUCCAUGCUUGUCUCCUCCAGUAUCUCUGGGCUUUGAAGACUUCACAAAUCUGACCCCAUUGGUGAAAGAAGAAUUAAGAUUUGCCAUCCAGAAUAAGUGCCUAUCUCACAGGAUGCCCUCCACCUUGGAUACAGUCAUGGUUUCUGAUAGAUCUGGUGAAACAUCUCUCUUAAAAAGACAGUGCGCACCUGAAGAAGAUGAAAGGAAAAGACGUCGGAGAGAAAGAAACAAGAUUGCAGCAGCAAAGUGUCGAAACAAAAAGAAGGAAAAAACUGAAUGCCUCCAGAAAGAAUCAGAAAAACUGGAAACAAUCAAUGCAGAACUGAAAGCUCAGAUUGAAGAGCUGAAAAAUGAGAAGCAGCACUUGAUCUACAUGCUCAACCUACAUAGACCCACCUGUAUUGUCCGGGCCCAGAAUGGUAGGACACCAGAGGAUGAAAGGAACCUUUUCAUUCAGCAGAUCAAGGAGGGAACCUUGCAAGGCUAAACAAUGAUGAGACAGUGCUCAAUGUUCUUUAGCCAUGCUUCUUACCAUCAAAAAAACCAACUUGCCACCCCAAGUUAGUAGCCACAGAGAAGUUAUUUCAACAUUUGUGGCCUCCAUUUAGUCAAGAGAAGAUGGAUCUGACAUGACUUUGCUAAGAAGAAAGGACUAUGUUAGCUUCAGCAUUAGCUAGCAAAGACUCAGUUGGGUGGAAGAGAGCCACAGCCUUUGCUCCAGAUUUAACCAGCUGCCAUACUUGCUAUCCUAGAAGCAAUAUGGCUCUAGACUUGUUAAACUCCUGCUGGCAUGCACUUGUAAUGUUUCUGGUAGGACAGAAGGGUUCUCGGGAUGCACAUCUGAUGAACUGCCAAGCUGAAAGGAUUCUACUCACUGGGUAGGAAAUGUAGGCAGACUGGGUUGUGUUUUAUUUGUUUUGCUUUAUACUUUCAAAAGAAAGAGGUUAGCAACUUCCAGAAUGCUGCUUUCAGUUCCAAAAAGCAUUGCAAUAUAAUGGGAAUUGCUGUGUGUUCCUACAACUAAUGCAACAUUUAACCUGAGCACUGCACUUUGUUAAAAAAUGUUUUCAUAAAAGCCCUUCUGUGGGUUUUUCGAUGACUCAAGUUAGAGGUGAUUGUGGGACAGUGUGACUGGCUUCAGUGUCUUGCAGAACUUCUCACUGGAUUAAGAUUCAAUAUAUCAAGUUGGAGCAUUACCACUCCUGGCUUAGUUUAAGAAGGGGGAAUAUCCCUUCCAAAAACUCAAUGAGUCACAUGCAGUAUUCAAAAGAAUGUUAUAUAACCAUGGUAUGAUCACUAGAGAUGUAAAAUUGAAUGCUCUCUCUGACUUGUGAUUCACCUUGUCCUUGAUCCUCAACUUACAAAUGUUUCCUUGGCACAAUCUUUUUCAGAACCAGAAAAUGUGAUUGCUGGCAAUUUACAUAUAUUAAUUCAUAUGUAGGCAUUAACUAAGUGAAAAAUUGUCCAAUGACUAAGGUUAUGGCUCUGCUAAGAUGAAAAAAGUAAAGGUCGGCUAUGUGGUUUGGAUUUGCCUUGAUGGAUUGCUUCACAUCACAAAAGCAAUGUGAUUCUUUUCAGUGAGGCAACGUGACACAAUUCUCCUCAGUAGAGCCUGGGUUUUUAGUUGCCUUGAAUCCUUGCCUGGCAGGUCCAUGAGUCAGAAGAGACUUCCAGUCAGCUCCUGGCAGCACUAGAAGAAGCUUUUGCACAUGCACAGAAACUUCUUUCAUCUAGUGAAACUGUCAGAGGAAAUAGUCAAAGCCAAUGAGAUGAUGUAACAUAGUUAUUUUGCUUUUAGAAGUGGGUCAGGGGAAUGCAGUGUUUUUUGAAGCCACUUUAAAGGGAUUCUUUACUAAAAGUAUCCCUUUGAAGGCCCAUGAGGAAGUAGCCCAAGAAUCAUGACAGCUUCUUAAGAACUUAAAAGCAAGCCCAGGAGAUGCUUCUUUCAUCAUUCUAUAAACAAGUAGUAGAAGAUAGUAAUGGAGGCUUACUGGUUGUAUUUAGGCCAGCUGCUGAGUCUUGCUCCAUGUUGAACUGAAGUUGUGUUGAUCAUAAAAUCUGGAUCUUCUUAGAAGUAUGGGAGCACUCCCCAAAACUAGCAUUGGCCUUCCAUACUAUCAGUAGUAAAUUUCAAACAACAAAGAUUAUAGUCUGUUUAACUGGCAAUGUUAACUUUUAGAUUAAACUUCUUAAAGUGCUCUUUGUCCUGCAGGACAUUCUUUUAGAUGUAUAAGGGCUAAACUCUCAGAAUUCCCAGCCAGGAUGAUCAAAAGACAAUGCAGACUAGGUAUUCUGGGAGUUGCCUCAACACAUCUGGAAGGUACCCCUUUGGAAAAAGUUCUGGAGCCUUGUGGAAUCAUAUGGGAAAUCAUAGACUGCAAUGCAUUCAUUUUACAGAUAGUCCUCACUUAACAACUGCAAUUCGGACUGGCAACUCUAUUGCU